ACAGUUUUUUAUAUAUCUUAUAAGAUAAUUUAGUAUUUUUUCUAAAAAUAUGAAUUAUUGAUUAUCUAUCUUAUCUUAUACUUCUACUGUUUUUGUCUUAUAUUUUAUUCAAAACAAAUAUUCACAUUAUUUUUAUAAUAAUGUGACAAUGGUGAAGAAUAAUUUUACAUCAAAAAAUAGGUUAAGAUUAUUGAAUUGUUCUAUUACAUUAUUUUCUAAUAACGCAAAAAAAUAAAUCAUAGAAAAAUGAGUAAACUAUGGAAUUAUUUAAUAUUUCAAGGAUGGAUUUCAUAUAUGAUGGCAGCCAGUUUAUUAAUUUUUACGAGUGGCUUUUUGCUGAAUCGUAUUGUCAGACCAGAACGUGCGGAAUGUAAAUAUUGUACACAUUCUGAAUGCAAUAUCCAAGAACUUCUUCAAAAACCCGAAACUGCCGCAAUUACAUGCCUUAACCGAAAAUCACGUGUUGUAUUAUUAAUCGUAGAUGCCUUAAAAUAUGAUUUUGCAUAUUGGUAUGAUGAUAAUACUUACACUUCAUCUUAUUAUCACAAUAAAUUACCAAUAAUUCAUGAAUUAUUACAAAAUCAACCAAUGAAUUCACGUUUGUAUAAGUUCAUAGCAGAUCCUCCAACAACAACUAUGCAACGAUUAAAAGGUCUUACUACAGGUACAUUACCUACCUUUAUUGAUAUUGGAUCUAACUUUGCUUCUGAAAGCAUUAAUGAAGAUAAUAUUGUUGAUCAAAACAUUGCUAAAGGCAUUGUUUUUAUGGGUGAUGAUACUUGGACUAAUUUAUUUCCUAAUAAAUUUAAACGUCAGUUUCCAUCACCAUCCUUCAAUGUUUGGGAUCUGGAUAGUGUUGAUAAAGAUGUUAGAUAUCGUAUAUUUUUUGAAAUGAAGAAGAAAGAUUGGUCUCUUCUUAUAGCUCAUGUUCUUGGAAUUGAUCAUUGUGGACAUAAACAUGGUGCUAAUCAUCCUGAAAUGAGUAGAAAAUUAAAUGAUACAAAUAUUCUUAUAAAAGAAAUCAUUAAAUCUUUAGAAGAAGAUACAGUACUUUUUGUUGUUGGUGAUCAUGGAAUGACAGAAAGUGGUGAUCAUGGUGGUGAUAGUAACAAUGAAAUUGAAGCUGCCAUGUUUGUUUAUUCUAUGAUUCCUCUUCUAAAAUAUGAUCUACCUAAUAAUAUUGUAAACCAAAUUGAUCUUGUUCCUACAUUGGCAUCAAUUCUUGGAAUACCUAUACCAUUUUCAAAUUUAGGAUCUAUUAUAAUUAAUUCAAUACCUAGUUCAGCAAAAAAUGGAAAAUUAGAAGAUGAUUUAUGGUAUUUAUUACAUUCAUUGUGGAGAAAUAUUGCACAGACAAAAAAAUAUAUAAAUGUAUAUUCUGCAGAUAAUUAUCUGUUUUCUAAUGAACAGCUUCAAAAUUUGGAGCAUAUGUAUAAUUAUUUAUUCAAUCAGAUUAAGAGCAUAACUACUAUUGAGGAAUUUAAAUCUUUUAUUAUGAAUAGUCAAAAUUACUUCAAACUUCUUAAAAAUACAUGUUCUGAAGUUUGGGUUCAAUUUGAUUUUAGUUUAAUGUCAAAAGGUUUAUUUUUAAUGUUUUGUACUUUGUUUUUUUUUUACCUCAUUAUUAGCAUUCCAGAAAAUCGUAUGUCUAAAAUAUUUCAGUCAUCAUUUUUACAAUAUUCUAUUUUAGUAAAUUUAAUUACUGCAUUAAUAAUUUGUUUUUUAUUUUCCUUUGGUAUUUUAGAAGAAUUAAAAAAUACUAUUUUAUUUAUGACUAGUAUAAUAUCUAUAAUAUUAUUAGCAAUAUUAAUUAUUAAAAAUUGGGAUGUAAUUUCAUUAAAAUUAUAUGAUUAUCAAAAAAUAAAAAAAAUGAUGUAUGUUACAAGAAUAAUACUUUUUUUAAUGAUAUGUAAUUUAUUUUCUAAUAGCUAUAUUAUUGAAGAAGGUAAUAUGUUAUCUUUUUUAAUUGUUACACUUUUUUGGUUUUUUGUGUUUAAUUUAAAAAAAAAAGAAAUGAAUGAAAAUAUAGAAAGAAAAACAAAGCCAUUUUUAAAAUCACAGACAAAAUCAAAUUUAAAAACAAUUAUAAUAGUUACUGGUUUAAUAGCAUGUAUUUCUAUACGAUUAUCUUAUUAUUAUUGGCGUUGCAGAGAAGAACAACAAUAUAUAUGUUCUACAUUUGUAACUGGCAAAACAGGUUCUAUAACAUCAGACAAUUUACUUGUUAUCACCUUAAUUAUACUUGCAUUAUAUAUUACAAUAGUAAGAUUAUGGUUAAAAAAUUGUGGAAAUCUUUCUGGUUUCUCUCCCAGUGUUUUGAUAGGACAAUAUUGUCCUGUUAUAAUUGGUAUUUGUAUAGGUUGUUUCUGGAUUCUUCAAAGAUUACCAAAAUUUCUUAAAAUAAAAUUUACAUUAUCUUGGCAAAUAAGUAUGUUGCCUAACAUAGUAUAUGCAUUGAGUCUGUUUGCAAUUUUUGUACUGUAUUAUCGUCCACUCAGUAUAUUUUUAUUACCAAACAAAAAGGAAUCAAUUAAUAUAUAUCAUGAUGAAAAUAUAGUACCACGAUUAUUUAAGAAAAUAAAGGAAUCAAUUUAUUGCAAAAAUGUAGAAAUAAAUCAAACACCAAUUGUUUAUGGUUUGAGUACUGCAUAUAGUGCCACAUUUGUCUCAUUAAGUGUAUUUCUUAUGUUGUUAUAUUCUUUAUUAUUAGGAGAUAUAUUAUCACCUAGUACCUUUUUAAUGUUUAUAUGUUGUGUCUCUGUUUUGGGCUUAUUGGCAAUAGAAAGACAUAGAAAUGCUAAUAAUAUAUCUGAACUUGUAGAAGUGCCUACUCCUAUACUAUUGUGUUGGUUUUUAAUAGCAGAAUAUUUCUUUUAUGGAACUGGGCAUCAACCAACUUUUCCCACUAUUCAUUGGGAUGCUGCUUUUGUUGGAACAGGUGGACAUUUUUAUGGAACUUUAUUCGCAGCAAUUUUGAUAGGAAUAAAUACAUUUGGAUCACAUAUUAUAUUAGGUGCAACAUUGCCAUUAUUAGUUAUUGUACCAUUUACUUUCUAUCUUGUAUUUCCGAACUUAGCUAAAGCAAAAUUUUCGGAAAAUGAUAUGAAAAGAGGAGAAUUACUCUUAUUUGAACAAGAUUCUGUAUUUCAUGCUGCUAUUUUCUCGGUUGCAGGAAAAUAUAUACUUCUUCAUGCAAUCAGAACAUUCAGCAGCAUGCUUGCUACAACGAUUCAUUGUCGACAUUUAAUGGUUUGGAAGAUCUUUGCACCGAAAUUAAUAUUUGAAGGUUUGGGAUUAUUGGUAACCUUAAGCAGUGUACUAGCAUCUUUCUAUAUGGUGUUCAGAAUCGACCAACAAAUGGAACAUUUUAUAUCCAGAAUGACAAAAGGCAGAUGAUAAAAAGAUAAAAUUUUUUGAUAUAAUAUAUAAUCAAUAUAACAUAAAAUAUCAAAAAUUAAAAUAAGAUAAAACAAGAAAAAUGUGUGCAAUAAUUCAUUUCUUCUAAUUUCAAACAAAU